CUCUUCCAGGAACCGCCUGGCACCCUGGGCUGUGGACUUUGGCUGCUGUGCGUCCCAUCUGCUCCUCUCCUCCUACCCCCAGCAGUCUCGGAGCUUCACUCCCGGGCGUGUCCUGCCUACCUCCGGCACACACAGUGGUCCACUCUGCCGGCUCCAGCGGCGGGCGGAGCGGCGGCUUGCGGGAGCUGGAGCAGCGGUUGUGCGAGCCGCCCGGGAAAGCAGCGGUGGCAGCGGUCGGCGCUCUGGGCCGGGCCGGCACCUGUCCGGAGCAAGAGGAGCAAGGGAAGGGUGGGUGACAGCGGCUCUGAACCUCGGAAGAAGUUGGCACCACCCAGCUGGGAUCCUGCUGCUCCUAUCAACCUCCUGCUGGCCCUCAGGGAGGUAGCACCGAGCUGGGGACACCGGUGUGGGCAAACAUGUGCAGCAACAGCUAGAGGCCUCGGGACAGGUUAUCGUGUGGUCCAAGAGCAGAGAGACAAGGCAAGGGGCGCCUUGGACCAUGGCAGCCUCCAGCCUGGACUUCGGGGAGGUAGAAACUUUUCUGGAUAGGCAUCCAGAGUUGUUGGAAGACUAUUUGAUGCGGAAAGGGAAGCAGGAGCUGGUGGACAAGUGGCUACAAAGGCACAGUCCGGGACAGGGGGCUUCAGGCCUGAAGCCUGCCCUGGCUGGCACUGGCAGCUUAGCUCAGGGUAGUGGCAGAGGCAGCACUGGGAAUGCUGGUGUUGCUGGACCACAGGGCUCUGCUAACAGCCAUCCCAUGCCCAGUGGUGGGGAAAGUGCUGGGGUUCCCCUGAGCCCCAGCUGGGCCAGUGGCAGCCGGGGCGAUGGGAACCUGCAGCGGAAAGCUUCGCAGAAAGAGCUGCGGAAGAGCUUUGCCCGCUCCAAAGCCAUUCAUGUGAACAGGACCUACGAUGAACAGGUGACCUCCCGGGCCCAGGAGCCCAUGAGCAGUGUCCGGCGGAGAGCCCUGCUAAGGAAGGCCAGCUCUCUGCCCCCCACCACAGCCCACAUUCUCAGCGCCCUGCUGGAAUCGAGGGUGAAUCUGCCUCAGUACCCCCCUACGGCCAUCGACUACAAAUGCCACCUCAAAAAGCAUAACGAACGCCAGUUUUUUCUGGAACUGGUCAAGGACAUCUCCAAUGACCUUGACCUCACCAGCCUAAGCUACAAGAUCCUCAUCUUUGUCUGUCUCAUGGUGGACGCUGACCGUUGCUCUCUCUUCUUAGUGGAGGGGGCAGCUGCUGGCAAGAAGAGUUUGGUCUCCAAAUUUUUUGAUGUGCACGCGGGAACCCCACUCCUCCCGUGCAGCAGCACAGAGAACUCAAACGAGGUGCAGGUCCCCUGGGGCAAAGGCAUCAUUGGCUAUGUCGGGGAGCACGGAGAGACAGUCAACAUUCCUGAUGCCUAUCAGGACCGAAGAUUCAAUGACGAGAUCGACAAGCUCACUGGGUACAAGACAAAAUCGCUCCUGUGCAUGCCAAUCCGGAGCAGCGAUGGAGAGAUCAUUGGUGUGGCCCAAGCAAUAAAUAAGAUUCCUGAGGGUGCUCCAUUUACGGAUGAUGACGAAAAAGUAAUGCAGAUGUACCUUCCCUUCUGUGGAAUCGCCAUAUCUAAUGCUCAGCUCUUUGCUGCCUCGAGGAAAGAAUACGAAAGAAGCAGGGCUUUGCUGGAGGUAGUCAACGACCUCUUCGAAGAACAGACUGACCUGGAGAAGAUCGUCAAGAAAAUAAUGCACCGGGCCCAAACCCUGUUGAAAUGUGAACGCUGUUCGGUUUUACUUCUAGAAGACAUUGAAUCUCCAGUGGUGAAGUUUACCAAAUCCUUUGAACUGAUGUCCCCAAAGUGCAGCGCCGAUGCUGAGAACAGUUUCAAAGAAAGCAUGGAGAAGUCGUCUUACUCCGACUGGCUGAUAAACAACAGCAUCGCCGAGCUGGUUGCUUCGACAGGCCUUCCUGUGAACGUCAGCGACGCGUACCAGGACCCGCGCUUUGACGCUGAGGCUGACCAGAUAUCUGGUUUUCACAUAAGAUCUGUUCUCUGUGUCCCUAUCUGGAACAGCAACCACCAAAUAAUUGGGGUCGCUCAAGUGCUGAACAGACUUGAUGGGAAACCUUUUGAUGAUGCAGAUCAGCGGCUUUUUGAGGCUUUUGUCAUCUUUUGUGGCCUUGGUAUCAACAACACAAUUAUGUACGAUCAAGUGAAGAAGUCCUGGGCCAAGCAGUCUGUGGCUCUUGAUGUGCUGUCGUACCACGCCACGUGUUCCAAGGCCGAAGUCGACAAGUUUAAGGCAGCCAAUAUCCCUCUGGUGUCAGAGCUGGCCAUCGACGACAUUCAUUUUGAUGACUUUUCCCUUGACGUUGACGCCAUGAUCACAGCUGCCCUCCGGAUGUUCAUGGAGCUGGGCAUGGUACAGAAAUUUAAAAUCGACUAUGAGACCCUGUGCAGGUGGCUUCUGACAGUGAGGAAGAAUUACCGAAUGGUUCUCUACCACAACUGGAGACACGCCUUCAACGUGUGCCAGCUAAUGUUUGCCAUGCUCACCACUGCUGGGUUUCAAGAGAUUCUGACAGAGGUGGAAAUUUUGGCGGUGAUUGUGGGAUGCCUGUGUCAUGACCUCGACCACAGGGGAACCAACAACGCCUUCCAAGCUAAGAGUGACUCCGCGCUGGCCCAGCUCUACGGGACAUCGGCCACCUUAGAGCAUCACCAUUUUAACCACGCUGUGAUGAUCCUUCAGAGUGAGGGUCACAACAUCUUCGCUAAUUUGUCCUCCAAGGAAUACAGUGACCUCAUGCAGCUUCUGAAGCAGUCGAUACUAGCCACCGACCUCACGCUGUACUUUGAGAGGAGAACUGAGUUCUUUGAGCUUGUCAGCAAAGGAGACUACAAUUGGAACAUCAAAAGCCACCGUGAUGUGUUUCGAUCAAUGUUAAUGACAGCCUGUGACCUUGGAGCCGUGACCAAACCGUGGGAGAUCUCCAGACAGGUGGCUGAACUUGUAACCAGCGAGUUCUUUGAACAGGGAGAUCGGGAGAGGUCGGAACUCAAGCUCACUCCCUCGGCUAUUUUUGACCGGAACCGGAAAGAUGAACUGCCUCGCUUGCAGCUGGAGUGGAUUGACAGCAUCUGCAUGCCUUUGUAUCAGGCCUUGGUGAAGGUCAACGCCAAACUGAAGCCAAUGCUGGAUUCAGUGGCUGCCAACCGAAGGAAGUGGGAAGAGUUACAUCAGAAAAGACUGCAGGUCUCCGCCGCCUCCCCAGUCCCUGCGAGUCUCACCGUGGCGACGGGCGAGGAUAGGAUGUAAAGCACCCAGAGCCUCUGUGCGACCCUGUAGCCUGGAGGGUCCUCUGCAGCCUGAAGGAUCCGCUGCAGCAGCCGCAUCUUCCCGCUCAGGCAGUCCAAAAGUGCAGACUACAUAGACCGGACCCGGAAGCGCACCCGGAAGUGUGCUUGGUGGCGGAGGACCGGAAGGAUGAAAGACAGAGCCCGGCAGAGAGCUUGACCCUCCGCUUUCCAUGAUGAACCCACACUGCUGGAUUUGGAUCCAUGAGCCUGAGGGCUAUCAGCCCCACUCGUUCAGAGUUGAGGGGACACCGUGGUAAAAGUGUCGCUAACACUGCUUCACAUAUGGCAUUUUCCUGUCACAAGCACGUCCCUUCUUGGCAGGUCUUUGUUCCAGACAGUCCCAAGAAUCCAGAUUUGCAUCUUAGGUGUUUUAUUUCUGAUGCGACUGUUUCUUAGUGAUGCACCAGACCGUUGCUCUCGUUUGCCUGUUGGAUGAGCCUCCCCCUUAUGAGUACCAACUAACCCCAAUCUUUUCAAAGGGUCCCCAGUAGGAACGCAGUGAGCUUGCUAAUUGGAGGGUUACAGAAUCUAUAACCCUGGCAGUGAGAUCACAGUUCCUUUUUCAGUGUUUGAUUUCAGCCUUCAUUGUAGACUAGGCCUUUUCCUGAGAAGAAUAGAUUAAUAAAUUUAUUCAAGCAAAGGGGAAGAGGAAUUUACAGUCACAUGUACCACAGGUGACCUGUGAACACUAGAACUACUUCCAAGAGAGAGAGAGAGAUUUUACAAGCGCAGAGGACCCCUGAGACUGUGGACGGACUAGCCUGAGGUGAAAAGGUUUGGGGAUAAAAUUUAAGGUACCUCAAUUUUAUAUUUUUCCUUAAGUGAAAAAAAAAGAAUAUUCUAGAAAGGCCAGGUAAUAACGUCUACACAACCUAUAUCCUCUAGGAAGUCAGGCCUCUAACAGGUGAAAAAAAACUGUUUUAAAUGGAUGUGGUGUCUACUAAGCUGCUUUGAUGCCCAUUUCACCCAAGACACUUGUGGACAGGGUCCAUCUUCACCGAAAAGCACUGGCCUUGCUGUCCUUAAUUUUGUAUCCUCAACUGGGUGGCUUUGGACAGGUUUCUCUGCUGCCCAAACUGAAAUUACCCUAGUAGCUUACUUGCAAAAAUCUUAACCUUAAAAUCCUUUGUGCAACAAACUUUCAAGGACUCCCCAGGACACAAGAUAGCUGAAAGCUGAGAGCUUCUGUUUGAAGCAGGUCUUGGGGGUCCAGGAGGUCCAGAGCCCACAGGUCCAGGGGGGUCAGAACUCACAGGGCUUGAGGGUCUAGAGUCCACACAAAUCAUCGUCUCUUUCUUCACGUAAUGGUGCUCCAGAGAGAGACUCUGAGCACUCUGAAAAUCCCCGCAGAUGUGAAACCUGAGAGCCAGCCCAGCUCUAAACAAUCAAACAUUUACAAGACAUUUUUCCUUACUUUUACUGACCAGUAUCAGUUAUUAUCAAAAAAUAGUGGUCAGAUGUUUGAAGCUGGGGAUGGGGGGUCCUAAAAUGAAGGUACCAAACGGGGAGUGGGAUGAUCUGGAAAUCACCAUGAGGAAGGCAGCUUUGUUAUGGCAAGAAACACAAUAGAAUAAACGGGGCAAGGGUGGGGCUAGAAGAUAGGGUCUAAGGUAGAUAGAAGGCUAAGACAAUGGCUACG